ACCGCGGGGGAGACCGGAUAAGAAAAAAAAAGUGUUCAGGGGAAAAAUGAAUGAAGUUCAGCUUUGGAGAUUUGCAUCAUUAUUUCUAUUAUUUGAUCUACUUACUCCAAAUCUACCUACAUCUACAUCUACAUUAUCUACUUUUGGACAAUUAUUAUUUUAUUCUUAUUGGAGGACAUCUUCACUUACACAUAUUUGUGCAAACUACAUCUAGAUCGACCACUUCAGCAUAUCAACAAAAAGGGACGACCUGUGUCGCAAUGCCAGCAUUGCCGCGCGAUGCGCAAGUCGCGGUCGUCCCAUGUCAAAUGCGACUGCGGCGAGAAGACGCACAAAUGCGCCCAUCUAAAGCAGACGGUUGAGGGCCAUAAGGACAGUUGUUGUUGCAAUCACGGCGGGCGAUGCACAUGUUCGCACAAAAAAGAGCCCUCGCUCGAUACGGUUCCGGAGUCGGAUUCCGAUGCGGACAACAGUAGCCAACAGGCGGCCAAGCCCAAGGCCGUAACCCGCCGACGGCGCACGAACACCGCCCACUCCGAACCCAUCCUAAGCUUCGACGAGAACGGCCACCACAAACCGACUCAACGUCACACCAAGGCCUCCCAGAAGAGUGGCCCCUAUACGAUAAGUCGUGGCUCUGCCAUGCAUCGCACCGGUAGCGCGAGUAGCUUAGGUACCAAAUCCGUCGACCGCUCUUCCCGAACGACCGACUCCUCGUCUCCCGACCGAAUGUUAUCGAAGUCCGUCGAGGCUUCACCUUCUAUUGACGGUAACAGUAACUCUACGUUUCAGCAGCUCAACGGCCGGCUGCCCCCGUUGGAUCUCUCCAACAUCCAGUACCCCGAGUACUCCUCGUCGUUUGACCUAUUCAGCGCCGGCGUUUCGGACUACGAGCCACCCAUGUUCAGCGCGGGCCUCAGCGCGACCUCGGUGGACUGGGCGCAAUACGACGGGCUGGACCUGAAGAGCGGUGACAACCUGACGCCAUCCAGCUUUGACCAGGCCCAAUCAUCCUCGUAUAUGGGGCUCGAUUACAUUGGUGGUUCCGGGGGUUCCACCGAACCCACGUUAACAUCCAACUCGGGCGACGUGUCCGAGACGGAGGACCUCGCAUCCGCGCUCGGCGACUCGCAGUUUGACAAUUUCCCUCGAGGGUACUUUGGGGGCCUAUCGUCAAGCAGCAUAUUAGCCCACAACGGAAAUAACAGCACCGAUCUAAGCGCGCUCGACUUCGACCAGUUCAAAACGACAGCCGCUGCGAGCAAGCUGUUAUCGACGCAGUCGUCAUUCGAUGAGAGUCCGGUAUUCCCAUUAGUCGAUGACGACUCUUACUGGGGCAUCAACAAUUUCACCGACGGCAUCACGCACUCUCCGGAUCCCGUGGCUUCCGGCCUGUGGGAUACCGCGUAGACGAUUGAAUACGCUGUUAUGCACCACUUUGCGAACGAAGGUAGGGAGAAAGAAAUGCGCCUGAAGGUAAAUGUACAAGCAAACCAAACCAAUGGCAGCUUUCCUCCCUUAACGAUUCGAAAUCCCAGCGUUCUGUUUUUCAUCAUUUUAUUUGCGCUGCGCUGCAUCAUCCUUAAAAUCAA